CGCUUUUUUUCUUGAAUUCGCUAAGAUAUUAGCGCCGCGCUAGCACAAAGCCUCCCACAGCCAGAUUUCGGUAAUAUUUUCAGAGAAUAUCUUCAGAUCAACAACUGCGCAACGCCGACGCGCAAGACCAUUUCAACGACAUUGGCGAUCUCAGAUACGUAUCUCGAGAUCCUCAACGAUGUCGCACAGAAAAUUUGAGGCACCCCGCCACGGCUCUCUUGCCUUCUUGCCUCGAAAGAGAGCUGCCCGCCAUAGAGGAAAGGUCAAGAGCUUCCCCAAGGAUGACCCGAAAAAGCCUGUCCACCUCACUGCCACCAUGGGCUACAAGGCCGGCAUGACCACAAUCGUCCGCGACCUCGACCGACCCGGUGCGAAGUCACACAAGAAGGAGGUUGUUGAGGCUGUUACGGUCAUCGAGACACCACCGGUGAUCGUUGUUGGUCUAGUUGGUUACAUUGAAACUCCUCGCGGUCUUCGAUCCCUCACCACCGUCUGGGCUGAGCACUUGAGCGAUGAGGUUAAGCGUCGUUUCUACAAGAACUGGUACAAGAGUAAGAAGAAGGCCUUCACCAAGUAUGCCAAGAAGCACUCUGAGAACUCUGGCUCCUCAAUCACACGUGAGCUCGAGCGCAUCAAGAAGUACUGCACCGUUGUCCGUGUUCUCGCCCACACCCAAAUCCGCAAGACCCCUCUGAAGCAAAAGAAGGCCCACUUGAUGGAAAUCCAAGUCAACGGUGGCAGCGUUGCUGACAAGGUUGAGUUCGCCUCCGGUUUGUUCGAGAAGCCAGUUGAGAUCUCCUCCAUCUUCGAGCAAGAUGAGAUGAUCGAUGUCAUUGCUGUUACCAAGGGUCACGGUUUCCAGGGUGUCACAAGCAGAUGGGGAACCAAGAAACUUCCGAGAAAGACACACAAGGGUCUCCGAAAGGUUGCUUGUAUUGGUGCCUGGCAUCCUUCCCACGUCCAGUGGACUGUUGCCCGUGCUGGUCAAGACGGAUAUCACCACCGUACCUCGACCAACCACAAGGUCUACCGUAUUGGCAAGGGCGAGGACGAGGGUAACGCAUCAACUGAGUUCGAUGUCUCCAAGAAGCAAAUCACUCCUAUGGGUGGCUUUGUCCGAUAUGGCGAGGUCAAGAAUGAUUUUAUCAUCCUCAAAGGUUCUGUUCCUGGUGUCAAGAAGCGGAUCAUGACUCUCCGAAAGUCCAUGUUCAUUCACACCUCGAGAAAGGCAUUGGAGAAGGUUGAGCUGAAAUGGAUCGACACCUCGUCGAAGUUCGGCCACGGUGCAUAUCAAACACCUCAAGAGAAGCACAACUUCCUGGGUACGCUCAAGAAGGACAUCCAAACUACUUCUUAAGUGCGGGAUUGCAUUUCUUUUCCGGCUUCACGAUCUGGUGUAAGGGGGGAUUACAUUGCAUCGUGUGCUUUCUGAUGGUCACCCAAAAUCUGGGCAUGGAGUAGAUAGCAAUUCAUGAAUGAAUCUAUGAAAAGCAACAAAAUUGUAC